CAGUGCAGCCUGAUCCGCCGCUGGCGACGCUCGGGGCCGGAGACUGCGAUGAAGAAGGUGACGGCCCUCGACUGCCGCCAGCUCCGGAAGCUCCUGCGGAAGGAGCCUUCCCGCAGCCUGGUGCUGGACUGCAGACCCUACCUGUCCUACUCGGCCUCCCGCCUCCGGGGAGCGCUCAAUGUCAACCUCAACUCGGUCGUGAUGCGCCGGGCCCGCGGCGGCCCCGUGCCCCUCAACUUCGUGGUGCCGGACGAGGCGGCCCGGACCCGGCUGCUGCUGCCGGGGGAAGGGGCGGCCGCGGCGCGCCUGGCGGCGGUGAUCGUCCUGGAUCAAGGCACCGGGCACUGGCAGAAGCUGAAGAAGGAGAGCACGGCGCAGAUCGUCCUCAACGCGCUGCUGUCCAGCCUGCCCGAGACCGGAGCCAGGGUCUGCUUCCUGAAAGGGGGAUAUGAAACCUUUUACUCUCAAUAUCCUGAGUGCUGUGUCGAUGUAAAACCCAUUUCCCCAGAGAGAAAUGAAACGGAGAGAAACCUUAACGGCCACUGUGAGAAGCAGAGCACCAACCACAAACCGGCUUAUGAUCAGGGUGGUCCAGUUGAAAUCCUGCCUUUCCUUUACCUUGGCAGUGCCUACCAUGCUUCCAAGUGUGAGUUCCUAGCCAACCUGCACAUCACAGCCUUGCUCAAUGUCUCCAGGAAAGGUUCAGAAUCCUUUAAAGAGCAAUAUUGUUAUAAAUGGAUCCCAGUGGAGGACAGUCACAUGGCAGACAUCAGCUCUCACUUCCAGGAAGCCAUAGAUUUCAUUGACUGCGUGAGGCGAGCUGGAGGCAAAAUCCUGGUGCACUGUGAAGCCGGAAUUUCACGCUCCCCCACCAUCUGCAUGGCUUAUCUCAUGAAAACAAAAAAGUUCCGCCUGGAGGAGGCAUUUGAUUACAUCAAACAACGUAGGAGUCUGAUCUCACCAAAUUUUGGUUUCAUGGGCCAAUUACUACAGUAUGAGUCAGAGAUCCUGUCUUCCACUCUUAGCCCCCCUGUUGCCUCAUGCAAAAGGGAAGCUGUGUCUUUUUUUGCAGAAGAACUGACUUUAAGCAAAAACUUUGAAGGCUCAUGUUACACAUUUCCUACCUCAGUCUUGAGUUCUGUGCCCAUUCGUUCUCCUGUCCAUCAGCUAAAACUUAGUCCUAUUACUGCAUCUUCAUCAUGCUAAACCCUAUUGGAAAUGAGAAAUAAUGUUCCUUUGAUACCAACUGUGAUUCCAAUAAGAACAUUUCAUGAACGUGCAAUACAGAAGGCCUCACUGAUUUAUCUGAAAACGGAAUAGUCAUAGUUGGUGAUAACUUGUGUAUAUGGACACUGACUACAAACAAAUGUGAUGUACGCAGGGCUGGCUUUCUAGAGAUUUAAUGUCCUCUUUAAAAACAAACAAAACAACACUGCUUUUCUAAGUUUUUAAUCAGUGCAACCACUACUGUACUUCCAGAUCCCUAUGGAACCCCUUCCACGUAAAAGGGUCAGGCCCAUACAACUGUCUCUCGGUUACAAUUUUUCAAAGAGAUAGGAACAGCCUUGUUUAAAGUGUAAGCAAUAAACAACUGUAUCAGGAAAGAGCAAGUCAAAUGAAAAGCACAAUCCUUGAAAUGACAGGGAGGGCAAGCACUCCAAUAUUCGUUUUGCCUGUUUCCUUGCUGUUUGUUUCAUGCGUCAGGGAUUAAGCUGAUCUGAAGCUGGGGUUAGGAAGAAACUUCCCUUUGUGGUUUUAUUAUUGCAGAAUCAGGGGCAUUAGAGGGGGUUUUCACCUUUCUCAGAAGCAUCAGGCAUUGGCCACUCUCUGUGACAAGAUAUUUGAUUACAUGGACCAUUGAUCUAUUUAGGUGUGGCGUUUCCUGUGUUUCUGCAUUUGCCUUUGUACUGUAUGUGCUUUUACCUAACGCAGAGAACCAGGGACUUUAAAUGAAGUGAUCAGGCUAUCCUGCUGAGCUACUAUAUCUCAUCUGUUAUUUAAGAACUGCCCUGUAAUACUUGAACAUCUAUCUAACCCUCCUCAAAGUUACUCUUCCAUCCAUUGAAACUGUAAUUGGUGGCAUUGAGACUAAAAGUCUGAGCCCCAUCCUCUGACCCCUUCAAAGUGUUACUGGUUCGUACUAUGUGGAGAAAAGUGGUCUUGUUCAGUGUUACAUGGCUUGCUGUCAUAUGUAUGGUCACUCCCACCUAAUGUUUCUUCUGGUAAAAUUGUCUCUCACGAGGGGACUGACUGUCUUUUGUGUUGAGUUUCUGUGUCUGCAGGGAGUUCGGUAUGUGCUGCUGCUUUGUCCGUUGACAUUUUUUUUUAUAUGGGAAAUAGCAAUAAUUCCCUGAAGAUCUUGUGAAUGUGAAAGAAAAACUGAAA